AACACAAGUAUGCUCUUCAGGAAUCUCAUUCGAUCUGAUGGCUUCACUGUAGACUUCCUAUUUAGUCGUAAGAAGAAACCAAAAGAAGACGCCAUCAUUGAUCAUCAUGACUUGACGUUGGAAGACUUCUCCUAUGAAGAAAUCACGACAAACUACAGACCCACAUUUGUUGAUCCUGGCCGAAAGACCGUAUUUACAGCAGCAAUCGGGUUAGAAACAAACAGACAUGAGAUACGGCGCUGCUCGACAAAAGAAUAUUAUCACAUGACGGGUAGUACUCGUGUCAAUGCAGAAUUAGAAAGGAAAAAGGCCGGUUGUACGAUAAAAGCGAUAGAAAGCAAUAUACCGAGUAGUAAAACAGGCUCGCCUGAAAAGUAUAAGAGAUAUACUAUUUACAUACUACAACAUUUAGAGAUCCUGUUCUCAUUCUAUGGGCCACGUAUGGGUGAAACAAGGUUCCGUCUGCAUCAAGGCAGACAGCGUGCUGCAGACAUGAUGGUGAACAUGCUCGUCGAUGGAGGGAUCAAAUACGACAAAGAAUUACGGAAGAAAAGAAAGGAGGAACAGAUGAAAUGGCCAAAGAAGAAGGGCAAAAUUAAGCAUAAAAAAAGAAGAAAGAAGACGAAACAGAAAGUGAAAGUAGAACAGGAAGAAGAGAAGGUGAAGGAGAGCCGGGAAGAAGAAGAGAGAGAGAGCGAUAACCACGUUCGGUAA